UGCCUUUUGAAAUUAAAAACUGUUCUGGAAGAAAACUACAAUCGAGACGUAAAUUAUAGUAUUGAAUCUUGGAACUUCAGUAGUGAAACCUCUUCAAAAAGUUAAUAGAGUCAGUGUUUUACUGUGUCGCGCGGUUUGAAAUUAGUCCUAGCGUGUUGUUGUGCAAUGGCUUUACGUACUCAGUUUGAGGGCCAUAAUGAUAUUGGUGUGUUUUCGAAACUGACAAACAACUACUGCCUAGUUUCCGUCGGAGGUUCCGAGAACUUCUAUAGUGUAUUCGAAGCUGAACUUUCUAGUAACAUUCCUGUCAUACAUACAACGAUUGCUGGUAUUCGAACCGUUGGGAGAUUGACAGUAGGAAACGCACAUGGUUUGCUUGUUCCAUUCACAACAACUGACCAAGAACUACUGCAUUUGAGAAAUUCUCUGCCAGACAAAGUAAAGGUGGAGCGCCUAGAAGAACGCCUUUCAGCCCUCGGAAAUAUAAUGGCUUGCAAUGAUUAUGUGGCUCUCGUCCGUCCAGAUCUUGAUAAAGAGACUGCAGAAUUAGUCAGUGACGUUUUAAAUGUUGAAGUAUUUUGUGAAGUCAUUGCCAAUCAACUCCUCGUCGGGACAUACUGCGUACUUACCAAUCAAGGUGGACUAGUUCAUCCGGAUGUUAAAAUCGACGAAUUGGAUCAGUUGAGUAGUCUCCUUCAUCUCCCACUAACUGCUGGGACUGUUAACCGAGGAAGUCCACUUAUUGCAGCUGGACUUGUGGUCAAUGAUUGGGCUGGCUUUUGUGGUCUGGAAACGACAAGCACCGAAAUUCAUGUGAUCGAAUCGAUCUUUAAAUUAGAUGGUGAUAUGAACGUUCCUGGAGUGGAUUCAAUGCAUGACGCUUUAGUUGAAAGCCUUAGCUGAUUCACCUGUCGGAUUUCAUCUAUUGUAAAGAGUUUAAUUCUAUUGCAUGUUACUCCACUCGUGUACAUUUGUUUCUCAAUUAUGAAAACUUAAUAGCUUCAUCUCCAAGUAUGUAACGUGAGCAUAUAUUCUUUGUACAAUCAAUUUUGUACGUAAUAAAAUCAGUCUUACUUCACUUCAUUCACAUAUUUUUUUGAAAAUUUUGAGUUCUAUUGAAAAAGUGAUAUGUUAUUUGUUUUUCUUAAAAGUCUGUGAAUAGUAUGGAUGAAUUAGUGUGAUGAUUUGGUGAUAUGUUCUAAAAUUUCAGUUCUUCCUUACAAUGUGCUUCGGUUUCACUCAUAUAUUGAGCGUUAUGGAGUUUUAUUUAAACAGAAGAAAAAAACUUCGCUAGCAAUUA